AGAACUCAUUUUUAAACUAUUAACUUUAACUGUUUCCCAUUGCAUCACCUACUGAUAUUUAUUAUUUAGUUUUGAAUCUUGAACUUUUCGCCGAAAAUAAAAUAAAAAAUUACUAGAAAUUAUUGAUUUUUUCAUCAAAAUAAUAUAUUUCUUAUUGGAAAAGUGAUAUUUAUUUGAAAACAUAAUGUCAUACUGUGUAUCGCAUGGUAAAGAUAAAGUUAUGUUUCUCACUCCUGAAGAGCUAAAAGGUCCUAGUUCUAUAAAAUUACCAGAAGAUAAGGAACCUAGAGGUUUGUUGCAAUCAAAUGGUGAUAUAAAUUGGAGCUGUCCUUGUUUAGGCAGUAUGGUUGUUGGUCCAUGCAAUGUCGAGUUUAGAGAGUCUUUGUCCUGCUUUCACUAUAGCACUGCAGAACCUAGAGGCAGUGAUUGUCUAAAGCAAUUUCGUGCAAUGAACGACUGUAUGUCACAGUAUCCUAAUCUUUAUAAGAAAGAUGAAGACACCGAUGCUACAUUGCAAAGCUUAGAAGAGGAGCAAUUUUCUCGAAUAGAUGAUACUAUACAAGACAAAGAUGUAAAUGGUACAUCAUCAAAAACCGAUGUAACACAAAAGUAGUAUGUUCUUAAAUUUAGGUCAUAAAAGCAAUUCAAUCAUUUGUACAGGACUGUUUGGAGUCAUUAGGCAAUAAUUCACUUUGUUAAAAUAAAAAAUGAUUAUUUUAUUUU